AUGCAAAGACAAACAUCCUUGAGGGAGAAGUUGAAAUCUUCAAUAUGUUGUUUCACGGGAACGGUUCACCACGAUCCAUUGGAUCAUGGAGAAGGGUUCUAUAGCAAAUUACACAUACCCAGAACACCGACUUCACCAGCAGGGUCCACGGCAUCUUCAUGGUUCAAAAUCAAUAGUGUUAAGUCACCUACGAGCCACGAAUUCGAGGCACCACGUGUGAGUGGUCGAAGCCUUAGGUCUCGAAUGAAUCGUAGGAACAAUAAUCGCCAAUCACAAUCUGCUGAUUUUAGCUAUGAUCCUUCCAGCUAUGCACUCAACUUUGAAAGUGAGUGCCCUGAACAGUUUCCAUUCAGAAACUUCAGUUCUCGGUUGCCGGCGUCCCCGGUUGCCGGUGCCCCCGCCGCUGAUCAAGUAUUCCGAUGA